AUGGGUGUCACGUUUAAGAUUUCGAAGAUUGGUAGAAAGUUUCGGAAUAGGGUUACUACAGAACCGCGUGUUCCUGUCUCUCCAGAGCCUUUGAAUCCGAAAUCAAUCGUUUUAUCAGAGAAAUCAAAGGGCAUUGUUGAAAGCAAUACUGGUGAAUUUCUGCAACCAUCUUUUACUGAUAUAUCUCCAGAGCAUGAUGUUUCUUUUGUGUUGAGUCUCUAUCUGAAUGGGUACUUUGUAGGAAAACCCUCUGAGACAUCCUCUCGAGAUGCUUCAAAGGCCUUACUUCCGUAUGAUAGAGCAGCAGAGAGUCUACUUUCGGCUAUUGAGGCUGGCAGGCUUCCUAGUGACAUUUUGGAAGACAUACCUUGCAAAUUUGUGGAUGGAGCAGUCAUAUGUGAGGUGCAUGACUAUCGGAAACGUACCCAAGAGCAACCCUCUCCUGUGAUAAAUAAAGUGCGCCUUAAGAUGUCACUUGAAAAUGUGGUUAAAGAUAUUCCAUCAAUGUCGGACAGCUCAUGGACAUAUGGUGAUCUCAUGGAAGUGGAAUCAAGAAUAUUAAAAGCCAUACAACCUGAACUUUGUUUGGAUCCUGUACCCAGACUUGAUAGGCUGAGUAAAAACCCUGUGACGGCUAAGCUCGAUUUGUCUCUUUCUACUAUGCGGAGAAAGAGAUUGAUGGAAAUGACAGAAGCGACUGUCAUGUCUGUGAACAAGAGUCAUGGGAAAAAGGUUUGCAUUGAUCGGCUACCAGAAAGUUCAGAGCGUGUAAACAUGCCAGGACAUUUGUUAAUGCAUCAAACCCAUAAUAACCAGGCUAUUCAAAAUCCUGGUACUAAUAUGCUGGCGGGAUUAAGAAACCAGACAUUGCAAGAGGCGUCAACUUCCUCACUGCCUUUGGUAACACCUCAGCAACAAAGGUACCUAGGAGCUGCAAAUAUUAGAAACAUGCAAGAUCAAGGAUCAAAUUCUGCCGCUGUCUCUGGAGCUUUACCUGGAGGACUAGAUGCGAUGUUGCCUUAUGGCUCUAAUAGUAUGAACCCCGGUGCAUCUUUUCAACGGAAGAGAGAAAGUCAAGAAGGACAAGAGUCUUCUAUGCCUGGUUCGAAUAAGCGAGCAAGGGUUUCACACAUCGGUCCUAAUGGGGUUCCACUGCAACAACAACUGGGGCAACGCGUGGAUGGCCUUCAAGGAACCGAUCCAAAUUGGAAAAAUGCGCUUCUACAUCAAGAUAUACUUGGCAGAAGUAGUCAAUAUCCAAAUCCAAGUAUUCAGAGGUUUUCACCACAGCAAAUUGAAGGAGUUAUGAAUCAGGAAGGUGGUCCCAUGCAAUUUCCAGCCUCACAACAGGGGGCAAUGCGUUACACUUCGAAAGAGGAGCCAUUUGAGACUGGUAAAAUUGAUGGUAAUAUCAGAAACAAUUUGCCAGGGGUGGGAAGCGAUGCAAAUGAUAUGGACCCGCGUAUGCAGUCAAGGAUGCACAAUAAUGGAUUCUUAAAAUCAAAUAUCUCACAAGCAUCCUGGAAUGUGAAUCCAGUCCAGAAGAUUGAGAAAGAUCUGAGAAAAGAAGAACAGUUCAAUAGAAGGAUGUCGGCUCAAAGCCCUCGUUUAUCAUCAGGUGCUCAACCACAGUCUCCACUUUCAUCGAAGUCUGGUGAGUUUUCUGGUCCAAUAGGAACACACUACGGAGCAGUUGCAGCAGCUCAAAAGGACAAGGCUGUUACAUCUAUUCCUGCUUUUGGUGCUACUCAGUCAGUGGGUUCUAGUCUUAAUGAUGCUAUGCAGCAUAGACAACACCAAAUGAUUUCAAAACGAAAGACAAAUUCCCAUCCUAUGACGCAAGCUAUAAACACGGUUGGCUCUCCUGUUAGUGUCAAUACUGUGAGUGCCAAUAAUGUUGGUCCUUCAGUGGGAAACCCAACUGUUGGCGAUCACGCAAUCCUCGACAGAUUCUCAAAAAUUGAACGAGUUGCUGCAAAGUACCAACUAAACUGCAAAAAGCAUAAGGUGGAUGAGUACUCUCGAAGACCUCGCUCUUAUGUUCCUCAGCGUCUGAUGGCUUGUUUUUCGAGCUUGUCUAACAACGAGGACUUCAAGGACGAGGAGAAAGCGUUGUCAAAAUCUAUUCUUGGUGGCAGCAUGAAUACAUGCAAGACAAGAGUCAUAAACUUCCUUCGGAUGGAGCGUGUAAUGCAAGGUAAUGUGCCUGCCGCUGUCCCUAAAAUAAUAACAAGACUGGUGAUGUCAGAGAAGCCCGUCGAUGGGACAGUAGCAUGGUAUCAAGGGGACAUCGAUGAUGGUGAUGGUUUUCCGGCUGAAGAUCAUAUGUUAUCAUUGCCCAAUACCCAUAUCGCGGAUCUACUUGCUGCUCAAUUUAAAUCACUGAUGGUCCGUGAACGUGAAGGAUACCACAUAGAAGAUCAUAUUCAGGAAAAGCCAAGUCGUGGGGAUGCUGGUCCAAGCAACAGCCAACCGAAUUCUGCGGGUCCGAGAGGUAACUCUGCAAAUGAUACGCAACAGUAUGGGGAUGGAGUUGCUGGACAAGCCCCCAGUGAGGCAUCAAAACAGGGGAAUGCUGGAAGUGCACCUAUUAACCCAACCCAAAAUGUUCAUGCAAAUGCAAGAAUGCUCCCUCCGACAAAUUCUCAGGCCUUGCAAAUGUCUCAAGGACUGUUGUCUGGUGUAUCCAUGCCUAUGCAACCACAACAGCAUGACCCACAACAGUCUCCGCUACUGUCAUCACAGCUACAACAGAGAAAUCAACAGUCCAUGUUCACACAACAGCAGCAUCCACAAAUGCAGAGAGCAGGAUCCAUGAUAAUGCCUACAAAUCCGCUCUCAGCUAUAAACUCGAUGAGCCAGAGCUCUGGCAUGCCUCUGACCAACAACCAUUCGCCUCACCAACUGCAGAUGUUACAGCACCAUGCGGCAAUUCAGAGGAAGAUGAUGUUGGGGCAACAAGGGUCAGGUGUAGGCAUGGGUAUGGGAAUGGGAAGCAUGGGCAACAAUAUUGCUGCGUUGGGGGCUUUUGGCAGCCAAAUGAAUAUGGCAGGAAGAGGGCUUGGAGGAACCGGAAUCACAUCAUCAAUGUCUCUUCCUGGCAUCAAUAAUAUGGGACAGAACCCAAUGAAUCAUCAAGCAUCAAAUUUGAAUGUUAUAAGCCAGCAAUUUCGAUCUGGUGCCUUAACACCACAACAGAGUGCAGCUGUGUUUACAAAUCUUAGGUUGGCGAACCGAGGAGGUGUAAUGGGUGCUCCUCAAGCCGGGAUGAGUGGCGUGUCAGGUGCCAGGCAGAUGCACCCCAGCUCUGCUGGUCUGUCUAUGAUGGAUCCAAAUGCAUUAAACCGAGCUAACCUGCAGCGAGCUAUGGAGAACUCCGAUGAGUCCCCAGCAAAUGAACCAAAGAACUCCAAUGAGUCCCCAGCAAAUGAACCAAAGAACUCCUAUGAGUCCUCAGAUAAGCUCGGGUACGAUGCACCCUAUGAGUACCAGCAACCUGGAGGCUUGUCCAGCGAGCCCACAGCUAAGUUCUCAGACACAUGGAUCUGUUGGUAG